AAGAGCAAAAAGCGAGACCAGUGUAAGAACAACCAGGUGUACCCCCUCAGCGAGAUCCAGUACUGCCCCUGUAAUAAGUACAACGCCCAGCCCGUGGGGAACUGGUCGGACUGCAUCCUGCCUGAGGGUGGGCGUGUGGAGGGCCAACUGGGCAUGAAGGUCCAGGGGGACAUCAAGGAGUGUGGCCAGGGCUACCGCUACCAGGCCAUGGUGUGUUACGACCAGGACAACAGACUGGUGGAGACGUCACGGUGCAACAGCCACGGUGAGUCUUACAGGCCUCUCACCAACAUCCUAUUAUUGUUCAUGUCUAUAAGCAGGAAGUUACCUGCUAUGUAUGAUGAUGUUAUGUUGGUUAGUCUACCUUUGUCAUGGUGCAACAGCCACGGUGAGUCACACAGAGUGUAUGAAACAUCCAGUGUCCCUCUUCCAUCUCUCAUCAACUCCCUCGAAGCUGUAUGCAUUAAACCUAGCCACUGUGAUUCAUACAGGGUGACUGUAUUUCCAAUUAAAGGCAUGCUCAGUGAUAUGACAUCAUCAUGCACAUUGGGCCACUUCCUGUUACAGAAAACAGAAAACGAGUGUGGAGAAAUGCAAGAUAAGGCAAUUGAUUUUGGUCUUUGGAAUUCUCAUCAAUUUGUUUCAGCCCCUUAUUGAAUACAUUUCCAGAAUGUUGUUCCUUGUUCUCUCCAUCAAGAUAAUAUUUAUUCCACCAUUUACAUAUGUGUUCUAUUGAUUCGGCUCCAUUCGAACCAUUUUGAUGACAGACUGAGAGUGCAGAGCAAACGUUCAUCUCACUGUGUCCUUUUCAGCAUCCACUGAUUGUAAAUUCACUCGCAGUAUGGGAACUGUGGUGUGGUUGAUGGUGUAGAACUGUUACGUGAUGAGAUGUCACUAGCAAUUGUUAUACACUAGCUACUGCUGUUAUAUGUCCACCUCUCUAACACCACUGCCCAAGUGCCCUACAGUCGUGGUCAAAAGUUUUGAGAAUGACACAAGUAUUGGUCUUCACAAAGUUCGCUGCUUCAGUGUUAUGAGAUAUUUUUGUCAGAUGUUACUAUGGUAUACUGAAGUAUAAUUACAAGCAUUCCAUAAGUGUCAAAGGCUUUUAUUGACAAUUACAUUAAGUUUAUGCAAAGAGUCAAUAUUUGCAGUGUUGACCCUUCUUUUUCAAGACCUCUGCAAUCUGCCCUCGCAUGCUGUCAAUUAGCUUCUGGGCCACAUCCUGACUGAUGGCAGCACAUUCUUGCAUAAUCAAUGCUUGGAGUUUGUGGGUUUUUGUUUGUCCACCCGCCUCUUGAGGAUCGACCGCAAGUUCUCAAUGGGAUUAAGGUCUGGGGAGUUUCCUGGCCAUGGACCCAAAAUUUCGAUUUCUUGUUCCCUGAGCCACUUAGUUAUCACUUUUGCCUUAUGGCAAUGUGCUCCAUCAUGCUGGAAAAGGCAUUUUUCGUCACCAAACUGUUCUUGGAUGGUUGGGAAAAGUUGCUCUCGGAGGAUGUGUUGGUACCAUUCUUUAUUCAUGGCUGUGUUCUUAGGCAAAAUUGUGAGUGAACCCACUCCCUUGGCUGAGAAGCAACCCCACACAUGAAUGGUCUCAGGAUGCUUUACUGUUGGCAUGACACAGGACUGAUGGUAGCGCUCACCUUGUCUUCUCCGGACAAGGUGUUUUCCGGAUGCCCCAAACAAUCGGAAAGGGGAUUCAUCAGAGAAAAUGACUUUACCCCAGUCCUCAGCAGUCCAAUCCCUGUACCUUUUGCAGAAUAUCAGUCUGUCCCUGAUGUUUUUCCUGGAGAGAAGUGGCUUCUUUGCUGCUCUUCUUGACACCAGGUCAUCCUCCAAAAUUCUUCACCUCACUGUGCGUGCAGAUGCACUCACACCUGCCUGCUGCCAUUCCUGAGCAAGCUCUGCAUUGGUGGUGCCCCGAUCCCGCAGCUGAAUCAACUUUAGGAGAUGGUCCUGGCGCUUGCUGGACUUUCUUGGGUGCUCUGAAGCCUUCUUCACAACAAUUGAACCUCUCUCCUUGAAGUUCUUGAUGAUCCGAUAAGUGGUUGAUUUAGGUGCAAUCUUACUAGCAGCAAUAUCCUUGCCUGUGAAGCCCUUUUUGUGCAAAGCAAUGACGACGGCACGUGUUUCCUUGCAGGUAACCAUGGUUAACAGAGGAAGAAAAAUGAUUUCAAGCACCACCCUCCUUUUAAAGCUUCCAGUCUGUUAUUCUAACUCAAUCAGCAUGACAGAGUGAUCUCCAGCCUUGUCCUCGUCAACACUCUCACCUGUGAUAACGAGAGAAUCACUGACAUGAUGUCAGCUGGUCCUUUUGUGGCAGGGCUGAAAUGCAGUGGAAAUGUUUUUGGGGGAUUAAGUUCAUUUUCAUGGCAAAGAGGGACUUUGCAAUUAAUUGCAAUUCAUCUGAUCACUCUUCAUGACAUUCUGGAGUAUAUGCAAAUUGCCAUCAUCAAAACUGAGGCAGCAGACUUUGUGAAAAUUAGUAUUUGUGUCAUUCUCAAAACGUUUGACCACGACUGUAUACAUCACACUAUGUAGGAUUAGGGUGGCAUUUUAAAAAGCUUAAGCAACCAUAGGAGAUCAGUGAUAGUGCAUUGGCUAUACUGUACAGGAGUUACUGGUAUUGUAGCUCUAUUGCUCCAACACCACAAUCAACCUACCUGAUUGGCUCCCACACGUGCUAUGGAUUAAAUUAUGUUAUUGGAUUUUUUAUUAUAAUUUAAUGUAUUAUUACUAUAAUUAUUAUACUUUUUUAAAUACAUUAUAUUAAAAUAAAUACAAAUGAAAGGAAUAAAUUACAAUAAAAUGAAUUAAAAUACAUUAAAGGUAUAUGGUUACCUAUACACCUUUCAAACCAAUAUGUUUUUCGGCCAACUUUAGCAUCCCCGCAAAUUUUUUAUGCCGUUUUUUAUAUCUGAAAGGUGUUGCCGAUAUCAAAACCUAAACUUCCGCAAACCGACCUAGUCGUGAUUGCAGUAAAGUUCUGCCCACGGCUGUCAAGUUCGUCGUAGAGAGUAGACCAAUGCGCAGCGUUAGUUGCGAACAUACUUAACUUUAUUAUCUUUAGUGAUAAUAUAACAACAACACAAUAAACGAAACGUGCAGUCCUACGGUUAACACAGAAACAAACCAAACGGAAACAAGAUCCCACAAACACUAAGGGAAACAGACUGUUUAAAUAUGGCUCCCAAUCAGAGACAACCAGCCACAGCUGACAUUCGUUGCCUCUGAUUGGGAGCCCCUCUGGCCAACAUAGAAAUACAACAACUAGAACUUGAACAUAGAACAAAACACAUAGAAACUACACACCCUGGCUCAACAUAUAGAGUCCCCAGAGCCAGGGUGUGACAGUACCCCCCCCCCAAAGGCGCGGACUGCGACCGCGCCUCAACAAAACCCAAACAGGGGAGGGCUGGGUGGGCAUUCCUCCUCGGAGGCGGUUCCGGCUCCGGGCUUGACCACCACCCUUCAAUAAUCCCCCCGUAGCGCCCCUGGUCCGGUCUGGCCCCGCUGGCUGGAGCUGGACUGGACAUCGAAGGAGCGGAUUGCUUAAGCUCCGUUGUGGAGCAGCUGACCAGUACCUGAUCAGGCACCGGUGACCCAGGCACGGGUUGUGCCGGACUGACGACGCGCACCCCUGGCUUGGUGCGUGGAGCAGGAACGGACCGGACCGGGCUGACGAUGCGCACCCCUGGCUUGGUGCGUGGAGCAGCAACGGGCCGGACCGGGCUGACGAUACGCACCCCUGGCUUGGUGCGUGAAGCAGGAACGGGCCGUACCGGGCUGACGACUCGCACCCCUGGCUUGGUGCGAGUGGCAGGAACAGGCCGGGCCGGGCUGGCGACGCGCACCGUAGGCUUGGUGCGAGGAGCAGGAACAGGCCGGGCUGGGCUGGCGACGCGCACCGCAGGCUUGGUGCGAGUGGCAGGAACAGGCCGGGCCGGGCUGGCGACGCACACCGUAGGCUUGGUGCGAGGGGCAGGAACAGGCCGGGCCGGGCUGGCGAUGCACACCGUAGGCUUGGUGCAAGUGGCAGGAACAGGCCGGGCCGGGCUGGCGACGCGCACCGUACACUUGGUGCGAGGAGCAGGAACAGGCCGGGCCGGGCUGGCGACGCGCACCGUACACUUGGUGCGAGGAGCAGGAACAGGCUGGGCCGGGCUGGCGACGCGCACCGUACACUUGGUGCGAGGAGCAGGAACAGGCUGGGCCGGGCUGGCGACGCGCACCGUACACUUGGUGCGAGGGGCAGGAACAGGCCGGGCCGGGCUGGCGACACGCACCGUACACUUGGUGCGAGGAGCAGGAACAGUUCGGGCCGGGCUGGCCACGCGCACCGUACACUUGGUGCGAGUGGCAGGAACAGGCCGGACCGUACUGAGAACACACACCACUGGCCUUAAACGGGGAUCAGGAACGGGCCGGACCGGACUGGCAAUACACCUCAGUACCUCUCGCCGCGCCUCUACAUCUUCCUUCCCUCUUCUCACCAAUGGCUCCCGUAACCUGGUGGCCUUCUGAAUUCGCCCCUUAUCUGCCUCCAGCAGCCCCGUCGUCCAUGCCAUGUGCCCCCCCCUAAAAAUUUUUGGGGGUUGCCUCUCGUCCGUCCGACGACGACACUGUUGACGCCGUUGCUCCUCUCUCCGUCGCGCCUCUACCGUCUCACUCCAUGGACGGCGAUCCAUCCCGGCCUGGAUUUCCUCCCAGGUCCAGGACCCCUGCCCGUCCAAUAUUUGCUCCCACGUCCAGGCUGCCUGCUCCUGGACACGCUGCUUGGUCCUGGUAUGGUGGGAUCUUCUGUCAAGUUCGUCGUAGAGAGUAGACCAAUGCGCAGCGUUAGUUGCGAACAUACUUAACUUUAUUAUCUUUAGUGAUAAUAUAACAACAACACAAUAAACGAAACGUGCAGUCCUACGGUUAACACAGAAACAAACCAAAUGGAAACAAGAUCCCACAAACACUAAGGGAAACAGACUGUUUAAAUAUGGCUCCCAAUCAGAGACAACCAGCCACAGCUGACACUCGUUGCCUCUGAUUGGGAGCCCCUCUGGCCAACAUAGAAAUACAACAACUAGAACUUGAACAUAGAACAAAACACAUAGAAACUACACACCCUGGCUCAACAUAUAGAGUCCCCAGAGCCAGGGUGUGACAACGGCUUAGUAUGAAAUGUAGCAGUAAUGCUGAGGCGGCAUUGGCACGCACUACGCUCUUAAACUAUUGAUGGUUGCUAGGCAGUGCCCCUUACUACUAUCCUCCUGACUGUUCUAAACUUUGCAAGGCACAUCACUUCGCUCAUCUCUUCCCUGUAGCCCACCAACAACAUGCACUGCUUUCUUAACCACAACUGAGAUGGAUCCAUAAAUAAUUACUGUGGGAAUAAAUAUCACUGAAUGACGAAAAUAUUAGAAUAAAGUAAACUAAUGCAACUGAAGCAUGGGAACUCUUGAUAAAUCAAUCAAUGUCAGAUUUUUCUCUGUUUGGAUAUUGGUUAAGCAACAAUUAGGCUGUGGAAAUGUUAGCUAAGCUGAGGUGAGUGCUGCUCAGGAUCAUCUUGUCUAGUUGGCUCAUUUAUUAGCACUGAUCAGAACAUUUUGCCAGCAUGUAAUGUAGUUUAACAAGUGGAUUAUUUAGCUCAUCACUCUGUCGCUUAGUAGCCUCGGCCUACUUCUGACCAAAAGCCUGGGACUUGUCUUAACCAAUCAAUGGGAUUUUGUAUCACUGAAUCUCCAUCUGUAUAUUUGGUUAAUUUCCUGGCUGGGCAAAUAAGUGGAGGUGGUAUAGCUCAUCUAUUUAUUUGCUCAUCUAUCACCUGAUCAAGUGUAGUCCUAUUAUUUUGCUCGAUCGCGUAUAGGCAACUUCAAAAGCCCGUAGAGGUUGUGAAAUAUGAACACGAUACUUUUAUUUUCUAUCGGUAUCAUGAUGAGGAUACUCUCAAUGUAAGAGAUGAAGCAUUGAUCAGAAAAGCAUGUGCUUGCCUUGGGCUCUGUUUAAAAAUAAAACUUUUUUUAUAUGACAGCGGUUCUACACGCUGCUGUGAUGCAAGUUGUGUGCCAAAAACAUUAUUAGUAUUUUAUUCUGUCAUAUUUAGAUUCUUAGCAUACUAUAAAGCCUACUAUCAAAUAUAUGUGUUGACUGUGAUCAUUGUAGUCUAAGUGUGUCUUGUCUGUUUAAUGAACAAAACAAUCACUGAUUUCAUGUGCACGGCGCAGCCAUGUAGCCUAUAGACUGCACAGACAAGUAACAUAAUUAAACUCAAAAUAUGCCAUUCUAUUCUUUUGAAAUUAGAUUUUAUUAGUAUUAUAAUGUUUUUUAGGACCUGCCUAAAACCAAUUAAUAAUGGAUUUCAUUGUGAUGGUGUAUAUUCAAUGGAUUAAUUAAAAUAGACGUCCACCCGCAUCGGCCCACUCUAUUCCCACUCCUAAACUUGCCGUCAUGUGCACGGGAGAUAUAAAAGGCUUAUCCCAGCAAGAAUGUGGUAAAUGGGACUGUAUGGUUGCCUGAAUGUUUUUACAUACAACAUACCGUAAAGUCUGUACACAGAUGGGUACUAUAGUGACAAUUGAAUUCCCUGCUUUAAAGCAGUCUAAUAGUAGCUUCUCUGCUACAGUAUUCUGUUGGAAAAAAAUAUGCUGUAUAGAACCAAAAGGGUUCAAUAGCUUGUUUCAUAUAUGGCCCUCAAAAUGGCUCUAAAUAGAACCCUAAAAAUAUUGAAAUAAAUCUGCAGUGUAUCUGUAGUAGCAUUACUGUAUCUGAAGAGGGUAUGUAGCCUACAUGGGUCAGUUCCUCAAGAAUUGGACCAUCUUGAUUUGUCUUUUCAUUUUGGUUCACUAGUUGUUUCCAAAUUGUUAUGUUUUUGGGAAUGGUAACCAGGUGACCUCCUUAAAAUGUAGAGGAAUUCUAAAUAUAUAACCAAACAAAGCCCAAAUAUAAUGAGAUUAAGGGGUAAUCAAUUUGGGCAACAGAAAAUCCCCCUCUAAUACAUUUCCCUCUAAUAAUGACACUGUGUUUGUUCAUCUGAUCUCAUCUUACUUCAGCAUGUUCAGAAUCAUACAUUUACUAGAUGUAAAAAAAUCUAAGAAAUAAUAAUUCAAACUUGAACUUUAAAAUUCCUCAUUCGUAAUAUGUUCAUGCAUUUUCCACAACUGUGGCUCCUCACAGGUUCCUGUGUUGUGAACUAGCUCCAGUAGCAGUAGCAGUAACACUGGAACAGCUAAGAGCAAUGACCUCCCUGCUCUUUCAGUGGACAAAUGAGGCUCAGUAAUCCACCCUCGCCCAGAUAAACAGAAAUAACAAGCCGAGAGAGAGGCACUCCUGCCAAAAACCAAAAAGCAUGACCUCUCUCUCUCUCUCUCUCUCUCUUGCUCUCUCUUUGUGUCUCUGUGUGUCUCUGUCUCUCUCUCUCUCUCCCUUUCUCUCUCUUUCUAUUGCUCUCUCUUGCUCUCACCAUUCUCUCUGUCUCUUUGCCUCUCUCUCUCUCUCUCUCUCUCACUCUCUCUCUCUCUCUCUCUCUCUCUCUCUCUCUCUCUCUCUCUCUCUCUCUCUCUCUCUCUCUCUCUCUCUCUCUCUCUCUCUCUCUCUCUCUCCCCUCUCUCUCUGUCUCUCUCUCUCUGUGUGUGACUGGCUCGCCUGGAAAACAGCAGCCUUCUAAAUCACACAACAGGCUGCUGCUCUCUUGUUUCAUUGCAUUUGCCAAGCUCCAGUAAACAGUGUUAUAAUGCUGUGUGUUGCGCAGCGCUGCCAUCUCAGUUCUUUAUAAUCAUCUCUGUAGCUUUUCAUCCGUAUCAGUAGGAAUGUUGAAUUUACUCCAGGUGCUGUUCAUUUAGAUAUUUUACAGUUUAAAGAUUGCAGAAUUUUGCAACCCAAUUUCACAGUAUGUUGUAUAACUGAAUACAUUAGCUUUAUGCAUCACAAACUGUAUAAACUGAUACAGAUGCUGUCAGAUGAUGAAAUUAUACUGAAGCCUCUCUUUGUGGUUUCAGGGUAUAUUGAGGAGGCUUGCAUCAUCCCCUGUCCGUCUGACUGUAAGCUCAGUGAGUGGUCCAACUGGUCACGAUGCAGCAAGUCUUGCGGCAGCGGGGUCAAAGUGCGUUCCAAGUGGCUGAGGGAGAAGCCUUACAACGGUGGUAGACCGUGCCCCAAACUCGACCACGUCAACCAGGUGAGUGGGGGACGUUCAUCACUCUUGGCUCUGUGUAGAAACAACCCCUAGCCCCUACCCCCGUAGACACUUGUGGAGAUCUGAGAAGAUUGGACAGAUUUUUACCAUAUUGCUUAAACCAAUCAAAUCUACUCAGAUCUCCACAACUUAGUGUCUAGGGGGUAAAGAGUAUGGGAUAAGGGUUGUUUCUGGACAAGUCUUGACUCUCUGUUCUCACCUAGAACAUGGUAGAUGGUAGAGGUCCCUGGCUUGUUUUAAUGUUUAAUUCAAAGACUUAUGAUUUAAUGAAUUACAUUAAAGGAACCAAAACAGUGUUUAUUUUUUAAUGAAGCCAGAGUGGACAUCUUUCACUGUUUUAUUCAUUAGCCUAGUUAGAGCUUGUACUCGUGCCAUGUUAAAGAAAGAGAAGGAACUGUGAACUCUAUGAAACACAAGAAAACAUGUUGUACUUCAUUCUAAUAAUCCUGUAUUUAAACACUCACUAUCUGUUUGCCUGCUGUUCUUUUCUUCUUUUCCUGGGUGUAUGAACUGACCCCCUCCACAGGCUCAGGUGAGUGACUUGUCACUUGCCUUUUAUAUAGGGCUGUCAAACGAUUAAAACAGUUAAUCCAGUUAAUCGUAGGAUUUGCUGUGAUUCAUCGCGAUGCAUCACAAAUUAAAAAUUUGCUCAAAGUGAGCUGUAAUUAAAUAUUUUUUAAUGACAAGAAUAUUGAUGUCUUGAUUUUGUCUAAAGUAACAGUUAGCAAAAUUAGGUAAAUUGAGAAAGCACACUUUCUUUAACCUCAAUGUCAACUUGUUUUUACAUGGCAUUGUAGAUUUGAGCUUUAUAGAUGAUGUAUUUUGGAUAUUUUCAAUGCAUUUUCAACUCUUUCAGACAAUGCGAUUAAUCAUAAUUUCUGGAGUUACUAUAGAUGACUAUAGAUUACUAUAGUGACAAUAGAUGGCUUACAGUCUAGUGGUCUCUCACAAGGUGUAUGAGGUGGUGCCGUGUCUCAGUGACUGUGGUCAGUACGUGUGGGUGGCUGAACCCUGGAGUGUCUGGAAGGUCAGCAACGUGGACCUGAAGGAGAACUGUGGAGAAGGAGUGCAGACCAGAAAAGUCAGGUACGGACGAUCAGCUAUUAUAGAUACAACCUAACCUAUUUCAGCUCCUAGUGGAGUGUAAGCCGGUCAGAAUGUUGCAAGUUCUAGCAACAGCCCUAGCCACGGAUGGGGCACUUCUUGGCAGGGGGACACAAUUUGGCAUGACAGGGCCUCAACAGUCUCUCCAACUAACCCUGUUCUGUGAUGAUUUCUUAACUUCAUUAAUUCAAGGUGAUUUCUGCCUUCAUCUCAUCUUCAUCUCCUCCACAACAGCCAAAGAUAAUUGUAUCAAUAUUACUAACCUAUUGUCCCCCUCUGUCCAGGUGUAUGCAGAACACUAUCGAUGGGCCGUCGGACCCUGUGGAGGACUACCUGUGUGACCCAGAGGAGAUGCCCCUAGGGGCCAGAGACAGCCAGCUGCCCUGCCCUGAGGACUGUGUCCUGUCUGACUGGGGGGUCUGGAGCCGCUGCUCACUGGUAAGGACAGAUACUGACUACCUUGUUGUUUUAUCAUAAUCUGUUGCUGACCACUGAUAUAUACAGUUACCAACUACCUUAUUGUUUUAGCAACUAUUUUAUCACUUUACAAUAUUUAAGAUAUUUUGUGUUUUCUGGGUUUGGUUGGGAGCAAAGAAAUAUCCAUCUCAGUAGAUGAACUGAUGCAGUACUGUUCUAAUGUAUUCUAUUCUAAUUCUGUGGUGCUGAACACACACUGAAAGCAAGAGUACACUGCUUAAAGGGUUAACUCAUAGCUGGAGAGCACAGAGGUCUUCUGCUUCUCACCAUGGAUCUCUGUCUCACACCUUAACAUAUAAUAACUGGCCAAUCAUGCCAAGUGUCCACCCUCCAUUUAACCUGUUUUGGCCAUUUUCCCAUGGUGAGAAAUCCAAUUCACAGCAGAGCUCUUGCCAGCAACUCUCACUUUGGAUUCACCAAUUCACCAAUUUAAUUCUCCAGCAAGGCUCGUACCCAUUUAGGUGAUGUCCAUUUGGUAUGUGUUUUGCUACUACUGGGCUCUCACCAAUUUAGUAUGAUGUUCCAGCAAGGCUUGCACCAAUUUAAGUGAUGGCUAUUCAGUAUGUGUUAUUCUCCGGUGGGCGAAUAGUUGUGAUUUAUCCUGAGAAAUUAAAGAAGGGAGAGAGGGUGGGAUGACUUUGAACAGGGAAGAUGAUCUCAUGCAGCUCUACAUAGCAUGCUGUGACCAAGGUCUGUGUAAAAGCAGAUAUUAUAGGAAGGGGACCACCCUGUCACCCCAUGUGUGUGUGUCUGUGUGUCUGUGUGUGCGUGUGUGCGUGCCUGUUUGUGCGUGUGUGCCUGUGGUGAACCUCUAGUGGGAAGAAGGGUCAACCGUGUCACAGUCCCUGCCAUUCCCAUUCCAAGGCACUCUGCCAUGGAUCCCUUGGGAAAGUUCAUUACCAUGGAUAUGGAAUAUGUCUCUGAAUGAGCAGAGGAAGACAGCGCGCCAAAUAGAGAUGGUCUGACACCACCACCUGAAUAGACCAGUUUAUCUAGUAGGGGUUCUUUGGGGAAAAUGGGCAGAGGUGGAAAUAGACAAAAAUAUAUUCAUGGAAAAACCUUUUUCGAUUUGCUGGUCGGAAAGUGGUAACUUCACUUUAACAGGGUUUCAUAUUUGGAUUGCAUUAAACGCCAAACUAAAAGUGGAUUCCCUGACUUCUUGAUUUUGGUCUAAGGCAGGUUACUGCAAAAGCACUUUGUGACAACGACUGAUGUAGAAAGGGCUUUAAAAAUGAAUCUGAUUGAUUGAUUGACUUCUUCUCUGGUUUAAGCCAUGCAACAAAAUCAGCACUCGGGAGAGGACGGCAAACCCCAUCCGCCAACCUGGAGAGGGAAAGCUGUGCCCCAACACCACAGUGACAGAGCCCUGCAGCCUUAACAGCAACUGCUAUCACUACUCCUAUAACAUCACUGGUAAGGCAAAUGUCAUCCUGGAUUACUGCAUGCAAUGGAUGAUACCAGACCCGCAUAUCAAUAUUGAAAUAUGGCUCUGGAUUGUAAAUACAGUAUUGAAUGUGAUCUUACCUCAAGUAUAUUUAGACCUCAUGACAUUUGAGAUGAAUGAAGUGCAAUGGAGAGGAAAAGGCGUUGGGAGAUAGGCCGUCUCUUUUUUUCCCCUCACGGUUUUAUCCUUUUUUCUUUUUCCUUCAUGUAGAUUGGAGCACCUGUCAGCUGAGUGAGAGAGCUGUGUGUGGUAGUGGCAUCAAGACACGCAUGCUGGACUGUGUACGAAGCGACGGCAAGUCUGUCGACCUCAAGUUCUGUGAAGAGGUGUGUGUUCUUCUCUUUCCAUUCCAAAGCUCAUUAGUCAUUAAUAAGAGCAAAUCUUCGGUCUUCAGAAUUCAGACAGGUUGCUGUUUGUGUGUGUUUGUGUGUUGCCUAGGGGACUUGGGAACAGGGCAGAAGAAUAAUCUCUCGUUCGCCACAAAUGGCCCAAUAAAGUAUUUUUCUUUUUGUUUUGUUUUCUCUUUCAGCUGGGUCUGGAUAGGAAGUGGCAGAUGAACACUUCCUGUGUAGUGGAGUGUCCCGUCAACUGCCAGCUAUCUGAUUGGUCACCUUGGUCCGAGUGCACACAAACCUGUGGACUAGCAGGUAUGUCACCAUCUUUUUGACCCACUCUUACCUGACUUUGUGAAAAAACAUGAUUCCAUCUUUGAAUGCUGGGAAUGCGUUCAAGGCCAAUUGAACCCAAUUCUGAAGGGCAAGCAGCAACGAAGGACUAACAGAGAACUGAUUAAGUGGUACAUUCACCUAUCUAUUUCACCUAUCUAUUUUUCUGUAGAUCCAAGCAGGCUACAUUACAGCCCCUGCAUAUACUGUAAACAGCUAGAGUGAAUUUGUAGGCAUAGUGGAUAGUCUGUGACUAGAAGUCAAUUGACUAUGUAUCUAUCCAUCCAAGUAUGUUAUAGUCCACAUUACAGCAAAUCUAUAUUGUAAUAUAGGGUGUGGAUUUGCAGGCAUGGUGGGUAGUCUGUGAGUCAUUCCUCAUAGCGCUGCAGGUUCACAGUGCCGC